CUCAGACUCAUCGCCAUGUACACUUUUCCUGUUUUCUCUCCGUCUGGCCCGUGCGGUCCGUCUGGAUCUCUAUCGCACUGAUCUUGUAUUCUCGUCUGUUAUCGCACCAUCGCAUAUCUUGGCCUUGAUCCUUCUCGCCUCUCAAGCCUUCCUCUCAAGCCUUCCUCCCGGCACCGACCACCAUGCGUGCCCAGCCACUUCUACUCCUCCUGGCAGCAGCAUGCCUCGCCUUCACCCCAGCAGCAGCCCAAGAUGCUGAAGCACAGCCUGCGCCUGAUGUGGCCGACUCUGCGGCCGCCGACCCCGGUGGUGUGGCGGAUCCUGUGGAGACGACGGAGGCGCAGCCCUCUGUUGUCGAGACGAUUCAACAGGAGGCUGCUGAGGCCGUCGACUCUGUCCAAGCUGAGGCUUCCCAGGCCGUGUCGGACGCCAUCGAGGACGUCCAGCAGAACGUCCAAGACACCGUGGAUGAGGUCAACCAGUACCUCGAGCCCAUCACCGGUGUCAACACCGAUUCGUCGGUGACCGAGGCACCGGGACUCGAUGCCGACCCGGAUGCUGAUGUUGAUGCUGAUCCUAGUGCUGAUGCUGAAGGCGGGGUCCGGCAGCUCACAGAAGAAGCAGCUGAGCGCGAGCUGCAGUAUGGUGCCGGCGGGGUGCCGUUCAAGCACGUCGACUCUUACCACACGUAUGGGGUCGCCUACCAGCCUGCCAACUACUACCCUGCCGCUGGGCCGUCAGCUGCCGCUCCCCACGACCAUUACAAGGAGGGAGGCUACCCCGCUGCCGGUCCCCCUGCGCCCGUCAGCCAAGUGAUCGUCACAUGCGACCCUAAGAAGUGGAAGAAGCGGUGCUUCCCGCCAUGCUUUGGCGGUGAGAACAACACGAGACGAUAAGGCUGCCUGACGGUCUGUUCUCGUGAUGGCAUACCUGUCUUCUGUGUGUGUUGAUUGAUGUGAUGUGUGUCUGCAGGUCCCGGCGACCCUCUGUGCUGCUUCUACCCCCCUCCCGGAUGCUGAGCGUGUCAGGCUGACCCUGCUCGUUGUCAUGCCUCCUCAGCCACACUCACUCGGUCGUUCAGAUGUGGCUCGUCAGACACAGCCGGGCCCCUGUCACUGCUGGGCCCCUGAAUCUUGCGAGCAACGUCGCGACGGAUAAGCAGAGCGAGCUGAGCUGACCGCUUUUUCAAGAUGAUGAGGAGGGACGGGGAGAUGCGUGAAUCGAAUCCAUGGCAUGGACGGGUGUGGGUGAGUUUGGUAAUUGGUUUUGGUUGUGUGCGCAAGUUAGGGACAGGGAAGGAAGUAGAUACUAGGCUAGGCGAUAGCUGAUGGCUGGCUGGCUGGAUGGAUGGAUGGAUGGAUGGCAGCCUGAUGGGACGAACGCUCUUUAAGCCAGGAAGGAACUUGCUGCCGUCCGUCCGUCCGUCCGGUGCGUGGUUGCUGUCUUGUCAUGUCUGGUGGGUGGGGCGAGAGCAUGUACCAGCAUGCAACGAUGCGGCCAUUCCUUCCCAACAUGCGUGCCGUGCCGUGCCAUUCACUGCUGGCUGCCUGCGCCAUUAUACGUAUUUGCUUACUGUGGGACAUUUGUCUGUCUACAUGAUGUGUGUCUCCUCUCUCCCUUGCUCCCUCUCUCCCUCUCUCCUUGUCACAAUCGCACUCCCUUCCUGUAAAUACGUGUAUCGCACUUUCUCCGUCGCGCUAGGCGAUAGGUGAGCGUGGGGCGUCGUGUCGGCUCCCUCGCGUGUGUGUCGUGAUGUGUCGUGUUGCGUGCAUUGGUUUGCGUGUCGCUGUUGUUUGUUUCUUGACGGUCACAGCCACAAACGAGCGAGCGUGCCUAGCUCUUCCGCUAUCCUUUUACGUCGAGACAGCAGGUACAUACUCGUUUUUGGCUCGUGGGGGUGGG